AUUGUGCGUGCUUACCCAAAAUGCACAAAGCGCACCGCCUAUUCCGGAAGUAGUCGUAAUCCAGGAUGUUGAAUAGUUGUCUCCAUGUGAGUUCUUGUGCAGAUGUGACAACGUAGUGUAGCUACAUUGCAACUAUGGCAGUUGUGUUCAGCAGUAAUGGCGCCCAGAUAAUAGAACAACUGUUGGCUGCUUCAGAAACAGUGACCCAGACGAGGCCUGAUGAGCUAGACCGAGAAUAUGAGAUUGAAGAGACCUGCAACUUUAUUACAAGGAAUCAAUUCAAAAAGAUUGCCCUUCAGUUCCCUGAUGAGUUAUUGGCAGAUUCUGCAGCAGUAGCUUUUCGAGUAGAGCAGGCAACUGGAUCCAAAACUUACAUACUUGGUGACACAUCGUAUGGCAGCUGCUGCGUUGAUGAAGUUGCGGCUGAACAUGUGGGAGCUGAUUGCAUUAUUCACUAUGGGAGAGCCUGCCUCAGCCCUUCGAGACGACUUCCUGUGAUGUAUGUUUUUGGCCAGAGGCCACUGGAUGUGAAGCAGUGUGCAGCUUCCUUCAGACAGCUCUAUCCUGAUACACAGAGUCGAGUUGUAGUCCUGUGCGAUGUGGUGUACUCCUAUGUGCUGGAUGAUCUGCGGAAUAUUCUGCACCCAGAGUACAAGCAUGUGGUGUUCUCCAGCAUCUGCCCAGACAGGACAUCAUUCAUUUCAUGUUACCAAAGUGAAGGACCCAGUCAAGAAAAAAAUGAAAAAUCUCAAUGUAGAGAUUCUCCUAAAAGUCAAAAGCUUAUUUGUAGGUUUGGUCGUCAGAUAGCCACUGAAGAAAAUUAUCACAUAGACGAUUAUGGAAUGUUUUAUUUAGGUCCAGAGAGCCUGACAUUGACUAACUUUAUGAUGUCAUGGAACAAGUGCACUUUCUGUACUUUUAAUCCUAUAACAGGCACAGGAAGGCAGGAUUCACUCAAUGUCAACAAGGCUUUAAUGAAACGAUACUACCUGAUUGAACGUGCCAGAGAUGCUCAAGUGGUGGGGAUCCUUGUGGGCACCCUUGGGGUGGCAGACUAUCUUUCUGUCAUUGACCACCUUAAAGAACUGAUAAGGAAGGCUGGCAAGAAAAGCUAUACUUUUGUGAUGGGAAGACUGAAUGCAGCUAAGCUGGCUAACUUCCUAGAGGUGGACAUUUAUGUGUUGGUGGCUUGCCCUGAAAAUUCUUUGCUGGACUCCAGUGAAUUUUACAGACCAGUAGUAACUGUUUUUGAGAUGGAAUUAGCUUGUAACAAAGCAAGAGAAUGGACAGGGGAAUAUAUUACUGAUUUCGGAGAUCUGCUUCCAGGUGCAUGUAGUCAUGUUCCCAUACCAGCUGAAAACCCAGAAGAUGAUGGAAAUUAUGAUGUUUCACUGAUAACAGGACAUCUGAGAUCAACUCAUUUGCCUCAGGCCCAGCCCCAGAAUGAUUCAAGUUGCACAGCAGUAGCACCUCGUAAUGAGAUGCUAACAGUGGCAGAGCCCCACUGCUCUGCCUCUCAUCUGGCAUCACGAAGUUGGAAAGGCCUGGAACAGAAGCUGGGAGAGACACCUGUGACAAAAGCAGUUGAGGGAAGGAGAGGAAUCGCCAUUGCAUAUGAAGACGAAGUGAAUAGCUGAGAGCCACAGAGUGAUCCAGCAUCACAGAAAAGCUGGAGACUGUCUUCAUCAUUGUAGAUAAAUGGAACUCUUCAUUUUGGAAAUUCCAUCAGACAUUCACAGGAAUUAUAACUCAUCUAAUUAACCUUACAUAUACAAUAACUGAUGUUUCUGCAGUGUAAUAUUAUUGCUACUUUUUUGCAAUACUUCUUGAACUCCAUUUUAAAAAGUUGUAAAUUCAUUCCUGUCACAGAAAUGUAACAUACAGAAAUAUGUUCUUAGCACAUUCAUUGCACAGCACCAUAAAACGUAGUCUAAGCCACCUACUCGGCUGUUUUACCACCUUCUUUCUGUUCUGUCACUGUACUGUAUGCUUUUUCCUAUAUUUUAAUAUUUUUGUUUUCUGAAAUAUUAAACUUUCAUAUCUGAUGUC